CCAAUAGCAGACAUCUUGUUCUUGCAUGUAUGAGUCGUUGAAGUCUGAAGUUGAAGAAUUUGCAAAUUGUUUAUUUUAAAUUGUUAAUAUUGUCACUGGUCCUAUGCUUUUCCCAUCUAAAGAAUCAAACUUUUUUUGCCUUGCAGGUGGCUUUUGGCUUGGUAUAGAUCAAGAAGGAGCAGAAGGGACUCUGUCUUGGCCUGGCAUAAUUUUUGGAAUCCUGGCCAGUAUCUGUGUCUCACUCAAUGCUAUCUACACUAAAAAGGUACUGCCUGCUGUGGAUGGUAGCAUUUGGCGCCUGACAUUCUACAACAACGUCAAUGCCUGUGUCUUGUUCCUGCCACUCAUAUUGCUCUCUAAUGACUAUUACACAAUCUACAACUUUGAUAAAUUAGGGAGCUUUAACUUUUGGGGCAUGAUGACCCUUAGUGGUGUCUUUGGUUUUGCCAUUGGCUAUGUGACAGGGCUCCAGAUCAAAUUUACCAGCCCUCUCACACACAAUGUAUCUGGGACAGCAAAAGCAUGUGCCCAGACAGUGCUGGCUGUUUGUUAUUAUGAAGAAACAAAGAGCUUCUUAUGGUGGACUAGUAAUAUGAUGGUUCUAGGUGGCUCCUUUGCAUACACAUGGGUGAAAGGGAUGGAAAUGAAGAAGGUGCAGGCAGAAUCUCUUCCCAAAGCAAAUGAAAAAAGUGAUGCUGGUGUCUAAAUGAUCCUGUCUGCAUACUUGUAGUCCACUAUGUGUGAGUACUUCCUCCAAGCAUUUCUGGCAUGGAACUUAACUGAGAAGCAAGCCAGGGCUUUGAGUCUUCAGGACAGGGAAAUCUUGCGACUACAAAUAUGUUGCAAAAGCUGGAAAACAAGCCAAAGUCUUCCACAUGUAUUCAUUGUUUGUUGCCAUAAGUAUGGCAAAGGGUGGAAUGUUAACAAGCCAUUUCCUAUGAAGAGGUUGGCAUGUGUUGGUGGUGGGAUAGGUGAGCGUGUAGAGAAGGCCCUGUUUGUCAGUCAGUCUUCUCCUGAAAAUGGCUGCUCCCUGUGUGCUCCUAAAUUCCCCCUGCCCUUGAUGAAGGAUGCUGUUUAAAAGAAGUAACAAUGAAUAGGAGGAAUUAAACAAGACAAAAUAAAUGUGUCUUGGCUCUAUUUUGCCCCAGUGUAGAGUACUCUGUAGAUACACAUCUUAUCUUUGUUUUCUCUCAAAAUACAUUUAGCAGUCCAUUGUCUUUAUUGAAGGGAAGGCUCAUGUGAAGAAGAAAUCUUUGGAGAUCCAAAUACGGUGAUUAUAUCUCUUGCCCCUGCAGGGCAAACCUGCACCAAAACCAAUGCAAUUGCAACUUACAAUAGGAGUUGCCUGUGGAUCUGCUCCCAUGUGGGUGGCAGAUGCAUACUACAUUUUAUUGCUGUUGCUGGUUAUAUUCUAAAUUGAUCAGGAGCUCUGCUGGUACCAAACUAGGAUCUAAGCCCAGCAUAGCUCCUGUUUAGUUCAGAGUAGCUGGAGCAGGAGGAGCAGUAAAAUGAAUAAUUGAUUUGAGAUGUUUUGCAAUGAUGAGUUGAAAUAAUCUGAUGAUUCUGCAGUGUAUUCAUUUGCUUUAGAGAGGGCUAUGGACCAUUUUUCCAAUACCACUUGUGGCACAUAUUCAAGGUGCAUAUCAUCCCUCUAGAUUUGCCUCACUGGAAAGGGAAUUCAUUGAAAAUGGUACAGAUUCACUGUUUAAAAUUUACUGGGAUAAUUCCAGCACUUUAUAUAAUCUACAGUCCAUUCCGGAAUAAUGAAUGAAGAAGACAGAUCCUGACCUACCUGUCAUGAACUCUGAAGAAGCUAAAAUGGUAGCAUUCUCCUGCUCUUCGGAGCAGAGGGAAUUAUAUAUAUAUUACACACUCUCCUUUAUUGAGUGAUACCCCAUGGGCUCCAGGAGCUCAAAUUCACUGGAAUGUUUAACUCCACUUGCCUUGUUGCCUUUUAACUAUAGCUUCAUCAUUAUCCUUUAUCUAUGAUUUUGUACUGGGAAAUUAAUCUUUUACUGUUGAUUUGUGAUUGUUAAUAAAAGUUUGCUUUAGUAUU